UGGAGGCUCCGGGUCUCGAUGACGACGGUGGCUGCUGGAGUUGGAGUGGAAAGCCGGCCUGAGCUUAACUUAGGUCUGUGACGUUAAUGAAUGCAUUGAAUCGUCGCUGCCAUAAAGUAUGGUGCGUACGUUGUUGCUACGGAUCAAUUGGAAACUCCGUUGCGUGCGUGAGUGAGAGUCUGCGAGAUCUUGAGAUCGGAAUGAUUGUUUGAGUGCGGUGGAAGUGUAUCGCGAGAUUUCGGUGCGAGGACGAGGUUGGAGAAAGAUCGAGAAGGAGAUGAUCGGAGAGGUGGCGUAGUGAGGUUGUGAAGUAAGGUUGUGAAGGUUGAGACUGUAGCGUAUGCGAUGGAGGAUCAGGGGGUUGCAUUGCAGGUGGAGACGGCCGGGCAAGCCGUUUUGGCCGCCUUGAAUUGGAACUCCUCCCCGGAAGCCAGGCAGCAGGCCCUCGCCUACCUUGAAUCGGGUCGGAAUCUUUGCAUCGAGAAUUCAAUUCAUGUUUUAGUCGUUCGCCAGAAGCUCACAGUGCGUUCGGGAAGGAACACAUCCGCUCGAUCUGUUGAAAGCAGGAGAAGUUCAUGUGUUGGCUACUGUUGCGUUUGCUUUGGUCACGCCUGAUCAGUCUUCUGAAGUCCGCCUCGUCGGUUUGAAGUUGCUCCAGCACAUGGUCCGGAUGCGUUGGGAGAAUUUGAACGCUGACGAGAGACGACAAAUGGCGGCAAUGGCUGCGAAGUUGUUAGAAGAAAGUGCUAAGCCUAAUGAACCGUGGGUCCUCAAGAGCCAAGUUGCGGCUCUCAUGGCUGAGAUAGCUCGAAGGGAGGGACCGUCACUGUGGAAUGAUAUUCUUCCUGCGCUUUAUACCCUCGGCAGCAGCAGUGCUCUUCAUGCAGAAUUGGUUGCUACAUUUUUUCGUUGGCUCCCCGAGGAUGUCACCAUCCAUAAUGAAGAUUUGGAUGGAGAGCGCCGAAGUCAAUUGCUCCAGGGUCUCUCUCAGACAUUGCCAGAAACGUUACCAUUUCUUUAUAAGAUGUUAGAUCAUCACUUUGGAGCAGCCAUGGCAGCUGCGAAGCAGAAUCAGAUAGUGUCUGUGACACAACAUGCCUCAGCCGUGACUGCAGCAUUAAAUGCUGUAGUUCCAUAUGCGGAGUGGGCUCCUGUGGUUUCACUCGCUAACUAUGGCCUUGUUCAAGCAUGCGGCUUCUUACUGAGUGCUGCGGAAUUCCGCCUAAGUGCUUGCGAGGUAUUCAAGCUUCUGGCUGGAAGGCGUAGACCACUUGAUGAGUCAGUGGGAAAUUACAAUGUUGCUAUGGAGGGUGUUUUUGACACUCUUUGCAAUGUAUCAAAAGCCUAUUUCUCUGAGCUUAGUAAACGUGCAGCAUCUGGUGAGGGUGAGGACGAAGAUGUUGAUCAAUUCGGUGAAUGUCUGUGUGAAGCGAUGGUGGCUUUUGGCUUGCAGAAUCUUCACUGCGUUGCUCGAAAUAGUCCUAAAGUGACUGACUAUCUUAACCAGAUGCUUUGUUUCCUUCAACACCCUAAGCUUGCUUUACAUUCUCUUGCCUUACCCUUAUGGACGACUUUGCUACGGGAAUCGUCCCUAGCCAUGAGUACCACAGAUCAACAAGGACUUACUGAAAAAGAAAAGGAAAAACGAAGUCAUGCAGUUCAUAUCUCUCCCGACUUUUGUGCUGUGCUCUUAGAUGUUGCAUUCCAACGCCUGUUGAUUAAAGAUGGUGGAGAUACCUCUGCUGAGGAUGAGAGUGGGAUCCAAGAAUUUUCAAGUGCCAAUGACUUCAGGCAGUUCCGGAGUCGACUUGUUGAGCUCGUUCGUCAUGUUGCAGCUCAACAACCACGUCUAGCAACCUCCAAAGCUGCCGAGCGCCUCCAGAUGACUAUUAGUAGUUCAAAUUACGAAUCAGUCUCUAGUAAGGAAAUUACGGCCCUUGAAACUACUCAAACGUACCUUGAGAAUAUUCUGAACGGAAUUCAAGAGAAGACAUUGGCCGCUGCCUUGGCAACCACUGCAUCCUCAAACGAACUUAGAACCAUUCUGGAGGAUAUUCUGCAACUACUGUUGUCAGUGAAAUGGAAUGGACCUGCAUUAGUUGAGCUUCAUACGCGUCAUUUCGAUGCCAUGAGCCCUUACUUUAAGCAUGCCUCAGCUGCCAUUCCCCUUGUGGUGGGGAAGUUUUUCGAUCUCUUGACAUCUUUGCCUGUGUAUAGGGAAUAUGGAGACACUGUGAAAGAUACUAUGAGAGCUCGACUGCAGGUGUGUACUUCUUUCCUGCGAUUAGCGAGGGCAGGAGAUGCAGCCAUGUUGCCAUACAUGCAGGGCAUAGCUGAGACAAUGACCACAUUGCACCGAGAAGGGCGUAUGGUUCGAUCAGAGCUGAAUCUUUUAGGCGAGUCAUUAUUGAUUGUUGGAUCAGCCGCAGGGGGUGAGCAGCAGUUACAGGUCUUAGGCUGGUUAUUUGGGCCUAUGCAGCAGCAAUGGAUCCAACCUGCCUGGCAAGAUCAGUACUUGGCAAACCCUGCGAGUCUUGUUCGGCUUUUUACUGAAAAUUCGAGCAAUGAUGAUGCGCAUGCGGAAAUGUGGUCAAUUUAUCACACAGUAAAUUUUUUUGAGCGAGCUCUUCGGAGGUGUGCCAACCCAUCUGGAAAGACCUACAGUGGUUCAUCAGCUACUGUUCACAAUGUUGACAUGGAUGGUGCCGUUACGCCUGCCUCUAGUCAUGCGAUGAUCCAGCAUUUGACAUGGAUGGUGUCACCUCUUUUGAAGCUGCUGAGGUGCAUUCAUGCAUUGUGGUCCCCAUCAGUGGCAUCAAGCUUACCUCCACAAGUGCAAGGAGCUUUAACUAUGGCUGAAGCUGAGCAAGCCUCUCUCCUUGGGGAGUUAGCGACAACUCGGGGACCUGCUGGAGCCUCUUCAAUGACCGACAAAGGGGUUGAUGCUGGAAGCAGCAUUGAACACAACAAAGUGAAAGAAAUUAGGACGUGGAUAAAAGGCAUACGUGAUGCUGGGUACAACAUUUUGGGGCUUGCUGCAAUCCGACUUGGAGAAGGAUUUUUUGUGGACACCGAUGGUCGGCCUGCAGCUAUGGCAACUGCGUUACUUGAGAAUAUCGAACAUAUGGAACUUCACCACAUUCGUCAGCUCCUUCAUCUGGUUGUGAUUCCAGUGGUGAAAGUAUGCCCAGCUAAUCUUUGGGAUCCGUGGUUGAGGUUGCUCUUGCCUCCAAUUCUCAUCCAUUGCCAUCGUGUGCUGUCAAUAUCUUGGACAAGCCUAAUCAAAGAAGGGGCAUUGAAUAUCCCUAGCAAUUGGUCUUUGAACACGGAUGUUAGUAAUCAAAGCUCUAUGCAGCAAAUACAAUCAGAGGUGAUGAAAGAGAAGCUUCUAAGGGAUUUGACGAGAGAGACUUGUCAACUGCUCUCAACUGCAGCUUCGCCAACACACAACCGUGCGACUCAACAGGAUGCAUCCGAAGGGGAUGGCGGAAGCAUGGAGGUCGUAGGGACGCAGCAGUUGAACAAAAUGAAUAACUUAGUUUGGUUUCUACUGCAGCUCAGGGAAGCCGCAACAGCCGCUCUUCAUGUGGGGAUCGAUGCUUUGGAGUGGCCAGACAGUGAGUCUGUUCACAAGGCUUUUGUUUUCUGUGCAGCCGUUACAAAUGUGGCAACCCUGUCCGGCGAUUCUCAGUUGCAGGAGGUGGUUGCAAAGGACAUGUUCAGUUCUGCUAUUCGUGCGCUCAUGUUGGAGAGCAACGCAUCCGCUCAGUCUGAACUUGUAGGGCUUCUCCGCGAUAUCUACUUGCAAAUUGGCUCUCGGCUCUCAACACCUCGUCAGGUGCUUUUGGCUCUCCCUUCGAUCUCACCAGACAGCUUGUCUACCUUUGAAACUGCGUUGCAUAAAACUGCAAGUGCCAAGGAGCAGCGCCAGCUUAUCAAGUCAUUUCUACUCUCUGCUGGAGGAGACCAGCUGAAGGCAUUCAUCCCUCAGAAAAAUACUAACGUCAUAACCAACGUUACAAAUCCUGUUCCAAGACGUUUUUCUGAGCGGUCUUCCGAUCAUGACCGGGAAGAAUUUGGCAACAUCGGUUUGGCAGCUAUCAUCUGAAUAUGGAACACCCGUCUCAAGCAUAAAACUCUAUCUUUGACCCGACUGAAGCAACUAAAUCUUGAACGACUGAAGCAACUAUAUCCUGAACGACUGAAGUGCAUCAAAGACACAUUUUGAUGGACACGUGGAGUACGCUCUUCAAAAGUUUUAACUUCAGCCCCCAAGGCCUUCAGGAAAUCGAGAAAUUGACGAACAGCAAUAUCUAACUGUCUGCAACUUCGUAGAAGUGGCAAUUCAAAUAUCUGUGCGUUCCAUUUAUGGUUACUGAACUAGGACUUGCUUAAAUGCAGUUCCCAGUUGAUAUUCUUCGAAUUCACAAUUAGGUUUCUGUGACGUGUUUAUUCGACCUGUGGUUACUAGGACCUGAAUAUGUAGAUUCAAAGAAAGUUAGGCCCCAGUUUUCGCUAGCACUGCUUAAUGCAAUAGCCUACCUGACUUGAACAACAAAUCUGUUCCAUCUUAUGAUUGUUGAUGUAAGAAAUUAAAAAUGUAACUCACUACUGCAUUCGA